AUGGCUUCAACCCAAGAGAAUGGCAAUAUAGUCGUUCCUAAGGAGUCUAUUGCACUUGAAUCGCGAAGUCAAAAUGAUCAGACGCCAGGUUCAGCAGCAUACUCGUCAUUUGCGACAAGAAUUACUCCCACCGCGACAAACGCUCCAUCAAACCCGAUGGUAUUUGGCUUCGGUAUGCAAAAUGGGGGGCCACUGCCAACACAACACUUAUCAAAUCGAAAUAUUAAACUUCCAGUUAGUGUGAGAGGGAGGAUUGGGAAGAGAAUGCAAUUCAAUGAGGAAAGUAAACGUCUUUCGUUGCCAUCGACUAAUGCUCGUCUUCCGUUGACCUCAUAUGGAAGAAGGAUCAUAGUAAAACUCCCAGGCGGCCCGCGUAAGGUCAUUACUCCAUCAUUAACAAGAUCCAGUCAUGAUUAUCGAAUUUUGUCUACGGCUUCAGUGAAGAAUAGUCCGUUUGAAGUCUCACAUACCGCAGCCUAUAAUGUGGACAAUGAGGAAGCCCCUCUGGAGCAGUUUUAUACGCCGGUAUUUCAAAAGAUAUUACAGCAGGGUAUUGAUAUCGCAAAAUCUGCGGUCACUGCAAUUAUAAUGUUUGGUGGUACCCCGUAUCCAGGAAGUCACGUCCCGAAGCUACUUAUAGAUGCGCAUUCGUUGGCAACGUUCCACUGUUCUGAUACGCGAAUGAUAGCUAUCUUAGGAGACUCGGGAGAAGGGAAAAGCAGCUUGAUAAAUUCGCUGCUCCAUUGUCCGGGCGUUGCAAAAAUUUCCGACUUGGGAUCAGCUUGCACGACUGUGAUUACAGAAUACCGGCAGCAAAAGAAGGGCCAAACGACUCCGAUCCUGAUUGAGGCUGAGUAUCUUACUCAAGAUCGUUAUUCGAACGGUAUCGUUCUGGUGGAUCUCCCAGGACCCCAAGAUACUAGCUUAGCACGAUUGCAAGCAAGACAAGAGUAUAUCAUGAAGAGCGACCACGUGUUUGUCCUCUCCAAGGAUAUCCCGGGCACGAACCGACAGAUUUCUGAAAGAUACCAUAAACGCAAUUUCCCCACUGCAGCAAUCUUUGGAGGACAACUCCACGACGAGAAGAUUUAA